AUGGGUGAACAUAUCGUUGAGGUCCCGGCUCCGGCUCCUCACGUUCUAAUGAUCCCUGUUCCCGCACAGAGUCAUGUCAACUCCAUGCUCAACUUAGCUGAGAUUUUGUGUGUAGCCGGCGACAUAAACAUCACUUUCCUGGUCUCCAAAAACAUCCACGACGGGUUACUCCUUCACGCCAAUGUCGAAUCACGGUUUUCCAAUUAUCGGGGAUUUCGUUUGCUCUGCCUUCCUGAUGGGAUUUAUGAAGGUAAGAUCAUCACUACUGACGAUGUGGCGAAGCUGAAUGACUCUUUCAAGUCAGUGGCAGAGCCGUUUCUCAGAGAAGUACUGUUGAGCCUGAAAUCAAAUUGGACCAAAACCAAGUCUCCAUUUACAACCAUCAUCGCUGACGGGGUCAUGAGUUUUGCAAUUGAUGCUGCUGAGGAGAUGAGUGUGCCCAUCUUCUAUUUUCGUCCAGUUAGUGCUUCUGCUUUCUGGGCUUACUUUUCAUUGCCUCAACUCAUUGAAAAUGGCGAAAUUCCUUUUUCAGGAGAUGAUGAUAUGGAUGUAGCAAUAACAAAUGUAAAGGGGAUGGAGGGAUUUCUCAGGCGUCGUGACCUUCCGAGUUUCUGCCGUAGUGGCAUAAGAAGCCCAGAUUUCGAGAUGAUUCUGACCGAAACAGCACAAACACCUCGAGCCAAUGGAUUGAUCCUUAACACGUUUGAAGAUUUAGAAGGACCCAUCUUGUCACAAAUUCGAACUUUUUGUCCAAACCUUUACACGAUCGGACCGCUCCAUGCCCAUCUCAAAUCUAGAAUGGCAGCAGUAAACCCAAAUUCUUCAAUGAACUCGUCUUCAAAUAGCUUGCAGGAAGAAGACAGAAGCUGCAUCGAAUGGCUGGAUAAACAGCCAUCAAGAUCAGUGCUUUAUGUGAGCUUCGGGAGCGUUACUGUGUUGAAAAAGGAGCAAUUACUGGAAUUCUGGAAGGGUUUGGUGAACAGCGGGGUUAAGUUCUUAUGGGUCAUCCGCCCUGAUUUGGUCACUGGAAAAAAUUGUGAUGAACAUAAUAAGAAGUCGCCGGCGGAUGAGUUAGAGACGGCGACGAAAGAAAGAGGCUAUAUGGUGGGCUGGGCUCCCCAGAAAGAAGUUUUGGCCCAUCCAGCAGUUGGUGGAUUUUGGACUCACAGUGGGUGGAACUCGACUCUGGAAAGUGUAGUUGAGGGAGUGCCCAUGAUCUGUUGGCCUUAUUUUGGGGACCAACAGAUCAACAGUAGGUUUGUUGGAGAGGUUUGGAAGAUUGGGUUGGACAUGAAGGACACGUGUGACAAAGUGAUUGUUGAGCAAAUGAUUAAGGAUUUAAUGGUGGACAGAAAGGAUGAUUUCUUGAAGAAAGCAGAAGAGAUUGCUAAAUUGGCUAGGAAGAGCAUUGGGAGUGAUGAUGGUUCAUCGUUUUGCAAUCUUGACCAGCCAACAAGAUUGCUCGUUGCCUGCACCAGUCAACAAAUUCGAGCCACAUUUAAGAAGCAGCAGACUAAAGUACUUCAUCAUUCCUCACAAAAAUUCAGGUUCCAAAUCAAUCGUUUUGGAAUGGGUCAAACUGAUCAGAACCCGGAUCCUCACAUACUCAUCUUCCCUUUCCCAUUACAGGGUCAUGUGAAUUCAAUGUUGAAGCUGGCUGAGGUUCUGUGCCUUACCGGCGGCAUCAACAUCACUUACCUUGUACCUCCGCACAUCCACCGCCGUCUCCUCCUUCACGCCAAUAUUGAAUCACGCUUUUCCAAGUAUCCCGGGUUUUGUUUGCUCAGCCUUCCUGAUGGAAUUUACGAUGGGGAUAUGAACACUGGUGACGAUGCAGUGAAGCUCUUUGAUUCUCUCAACUUAAUUGCAACUCCAUUCCUAAGAGAUUAUUUGCUAACACCAAAAUCAAAUUGGGCCAACUCCAACAAUCCGAUUACAACCAUCAUUUCUGAUGGGGCCUCCAGUGCUUUCAUUGACAUUGCUCAGCAGAUUGGUGUGCCCAUUAUCUAUUUUCGUACAGUCAGCGCUUGUGCUUUCUGGGCUUACUUUUCUGCACCUGAACUUAUUGAAGCCGGCGAGAUCCCCUUUUCAGAAAAUGAAUUGGAUUUAUCGAUCACAAGUCUGACGGGUAUGGAAGGAUACAUCAGGCGUCGUGAUCUUCCGGGUGUUUUCCGGGACAUUGAAAGCCCAAUUUUCAAGAUGUUAUCGACUGAAACACGACAAACACCUCGAACCAAUGGACUCAUCCUUAACACGUUUGAUGAUUUAGAAGGGCCAAUCAUAUCACAGAUUCGGACUCCUUGUCCGAACCUUUACACAAUCGGACCCUUACAUGCCCAUCUCAAAUCCAGACUUGCUGCAGCAAACUCAAAAGAGAUCGCCAAAUUGGCUAGGAAGAGCAUUGAGAAGGAUGGUUCAUCCUUUCGCAAUCUUGAACGUCUGAUUCAGGACAUCCGGCUGAUGAGUCGGCCAUGA